AUGUCUGCUCGUUCUGAAGCUGUUCCUAGAGGGAAUAAGGCUACGGGCGUCGUUGAGAAGGCGGGAUCGCCAGAUGUGCGCAAUAAGCUUUUAGAUCUAUCCGAAUCUGUCAUUCGUGCAGAUGCGCCCAUCGCUGCUGCUAGUAGAGACUUUCAGAACUUCCAGACACCUUCGAUACCUCCGAAGUUACAUUUGGCAAAAUUCACGAUACCAAGAGUCCCAGAACAGGCCUUCCCAGGAGGACGAAUUGGCCGAGCAGAACCUCACAGUCUACCUGAAGGUACAGCUGGACGCUGUGUAGCCAACGUCGAUAAGCGGGUGCAUUUGGAGUCUCAUCCGGGCCUUCCAGGCGAGGCGACUAGGCCGAAAGGUAUAGAUCGGCCCAGCGAGGACAUCCACAAAGACGUCACUAGACCAUUCUAUGAACCAAGAGCAGUAAACCACACAGUACGCACUCCAUCACCAAAUUUUUCACGCCCCAACGGUCGACAAAGCCCGGAGAUGAUGAUAGGGGAGCGAACGGACUGGACGUCAAGUCAAGUUGUAACUCCUCGACUGGCGGAACCUGAACAUGAUUUGGUCAAGGCUGGAAAGCAAAAAAGGAGGAUGCAAAAAAAUGCUGUCCAAGUCAGCCAAUUGUCAAUAAACACCUUCUUAAUCUUUGCUGUUUGGCGAUGGGCUGCUUACUUCUACGUUUUUAUUCCCUUUGUGGCUUUGGCACUCGUCCUUAACUGUAUCAUGGUAUUCUCAAUCUUGGUUUUCACUGUGAAACACAAGUUCCUCCUUCCAGAAGAACGCGAAUUACCAGCCCGCCCUGAGACAAUUGUUUACUUGCUUCCAUGCUAUAAUGAGACUCGCGAAGAAUUGACCAAGUCUUUGGAUUCUCUUGCACGGCAACGUGAGAUCGAGGGACACAAACGGUCUCUGAUCAUCAUCUGCGAUGGAAAGGUCCGGGGAGAAGGGAUGCAGAAAACCACGGCAGAUACCCUAUCACAGGAUAUUCUUGUGAUCCGCACCUUUCGCCGGAGAAUAACGGCCGCAUAUCUCGCGUGGGACCAACAAGAAAUGGAUAUCACCAUCCAAAAAGGAACCUACAAAGAUCUUCCGUACAUUGCAAUCCUCAAGGAUUUUAAUCAAGGAAAACGAGACGCGCUGAUCCUCGCACGGACUUUUCUCUAUAACUUUAAUAUUCGAGCUGAAAAUCCACAGACACGCCUAUCACAAAGCCUAUUUUCGGAGCUAUCCUCCUUCCUAAUCAACGACUGCGGAAUCAAAAAGGCAUGCUGUCUGGUUGGUAUGGACGCAGAUACAUAUUUCGACGAAUUGUGCGUGGCUGAGCUAUUAAAAGAGAGCCGGUUAGGGUCCCGAUCGCAGAUUUUGCUAUGCACACAUUUGCUAACGAGUUCCCUUAUCCAAAGCUAUCAAUAUACGGUUGGCGUAUCCGGCUAUGUCUCUGUUGACUUCCAAGGCUACAAUUGGAACUUUUUGCGACUGUAUCAGUCUACUGAAUAUACCAUAUCGCAAGGUCUGCGCCGAAUGCACCAAUCCAUUGCCACUAAGAAGGUGUCAUGUCUGCCUGGAUGUUGCCAGCUGCUGAAGGUUUGUGAGACGACGUGUGGUGACCAGGUUUUGAUCAAUUUAUUCGGGUAUUACCCCAAGCCGACCGAUGGAUUGCUAAGGCAGAUACGGGCCACUGCUAGUGAGGACCGCAACCAUGUAUGCUUGAUGCUGUCUGCUCGUUCGAAUGCCCAAACUCGACAGGCUCUGAGAGCCCAUGCAUACACUGCCGUUCCCGAUUCCGUACCUAUAUUUCUUUCCCAGCGCAAGCGAUGGACGCUGGGGGCGACUUCGAACGAUCUCAUGCUCGUGACAUCACGGGGCAUCCAGUGGUUUGAACGUGUCCUGGCCUUCUGCAACGUAUGGACAUGGUUCCUCAACAUAUUUAUCCUUGCUUGCCUUGCUUGCUUGAUUUAUGCAUGUUUCUGUGAGUAA